AUGCUUAUCAUACUUGUUGAAAAAUUUGAGAGCACAAAAUGUGUAAAGCAACGAUGUGUAACAAUAAUCGGAGAAUUUCGACAAGAAUCAAUGUUUGUUGAAAAUUAUUUGAUUGAGUCUGGUAGCUUCGUCAAUGUUUUAUGGAUGGGACACAAAUUUCGAGAAACUGUAUCAAAACUAAACCAAUUGUAUAAAACUAUGUACUCAGAUGGAUCGAAAAGGUUUAUUAUAUUACAUUGGACCCCAUCAGAUAUAAUUGAUGCUGGCAUUAAGUACAUGCAAAUAACAUUGCCAAGAUGUGAAGAUUUCGUAUCUUUAGAACGUUUUAAUUGCAAAUAUGAGCUCACAUCUAUUCUUAAAUAUCAUGUAAGCAGUUUACAAAAUGAUAAGCGUCUGAUCUAUGCACUACGGAAUUUUUUUAUAAGUGAUGAGGACCUGCUUAAUAUCAUGAGUGAUUUAAAUACCCAGAGAGAGAAGUUUUCAACCGUAGAGGAUGCCUAUGAUCGCGUCGCUUGUAACUGGUUACGUGGUAAUAACCAAACCUACAGCAACUGGAUUAAUAAAGACCCAAUAACACUCUGGAUCGGUGGCAUAUUUCCUUUUAAUACGUCAAAUGAAGCAUAUAAAAAUAUUAAUAGAGCAGUGUCCAAUGCUGUUUCUGCUAUUAAUAAGAACAGGAAUGUGCUUUCAGGCUACAAUUUGAAAGUUAUGGAGAACAAUGAGCAGUGCAUGUCGGAUGUGGUUAUGAAGGCGUUCAUUCACUAUUUUAAUUUGCCUAAUAUGCUUGGUGUGUUAGGACCUGCUUGCAGUGAAACUGUUGAGCCUAUAGCUGGUAUUUCAAAACAUAUGAAUAUGAUGGUCUUAUCAUACUCAGCAGAAGGCGCUUCAUUUGUAGACCGGGCUAAUUAUCCAUAUUUCUUUCGUACUAUUGGGUCCAAUAUGCAUUAUGUAAAUGCUUAUUUAUCCAUUAUGAAAAAACUAAUGUGGCAGCGUGUAGCAGCCAUAACUGAAGGGGAUCAGAAAUAUUCCGAGUAUAUAUCCCACAUGGAGAAAAAAUUGAAAAUAGAAAAGUUAAAGUUAAUAAUUCAUCGGAAACUUCGCAUUGAUGUGACACCCAUGGAUGUGAAAGAGUACUUACUCGAAAUAAAGGAGUCACACGUUAAAAUCAUCAUAGCAGAUAUUCAUAGAAAGACGGCAGCAAUUACAUUUUGUGAAGCUAAGAUAUUGGGAAUGAUCCAGAAAGAUGAAUAUGUGUGGUUUUUACCUUCAUGGCUUUCAAAGGACCCUUAUAUGUGGCAGGUUUUAGUGAAUAAUAGUUGUACGUCUGAUGAAUUCAUAGAGGCACUUGACGGUUUUAGUAUAAUGCACACUCCGUUUGGAAAUCCCGAAGCAAUCAUGCAGGAGGGAAAAACUAUAAGAGAUUGGCUUGAAUUAUAUAACAUUACGCAUGUGGCUUCCUCGAAUUACAUUGGCUUUGCCUAUGACGCCGUAUGGACUUAUGCAUUUGCCGCACAAAAGCUAUUAGAAUGGGAUAAGGAUGCGUUUUUCCGAUUGAGAUCCACUGAUGUGGUAAAAAAAUUGGCGGACCUAAUAUGGGAGACUGAUUUUUAUGGAGUAUCGGGUAAAGUAAAAUUUGGCCGAGGUGGGUCAAGGAUAAACAUUGGCAUAGACAUUUUACAGUGGAGAAACAUGGACUAUAAUAUUGUUGGAAAGUUUUCCCUGACGGGAGAGGGCUAUGGUGAAAACAUUAGUAAAAACGUGAGGAGUGGACAGUUAUUAUUUAACUUAUCUAAAGUUCAUUGGUUGAAAGAUCGAGUACCACAGGACGGUAGAUACGAUUGUAGAUUUUCAUUCUUAGCUCAAACAUUAAAAACUGAUUGUGAUACUACUACAAUGCUAUUCUCCAUAAUCAUGUGCAUGAUUUCUGUAAUAUUCAUAUCGGUAAUAUCUUUUAUAUUUUUGAAACAACGCUAUGACCGAAAAUUGAAGCGAUCAGCUAAGAUUAUGAAAACUUUUGGAAUAGAUCUUUCGGCACCAUCCCAAUAUAACAGCAAUAGCCUGGACAAGUGGGAAAUACCGAAAGAUAAUGUUGUAGUUAAUAGAAGGUUAGGAGAAGGUGCAUUUGGUACGGUAUAUGGUGGUGAGGCUCGGCUUGGUUCUGGAAACUGGACUGCAGUUGCCGUAAAAACACUGAAAGCUGGUGCAUCCACCGAAGACCGUGUUGAUUUUUUAUCCGAAGCUGAGGCAAUGAAACGGUUUAAUCAUAAAAACAUAAUACAAUUGUUAGCUGUGUCUCUUCAAAGCGAGCCAAUUUAUUCUAUAAUGGAGUUCAUGCUGUACGGAGACUUGAAAACGUUCCUAUUAGCACGACGGAAUAUGGUUAAUGACAAGGUUUCCGAUGAUUCCGACAUUUCAUCAAGGCGCCUUACCAUGUAUGCAUUCGAUGUGGCACGUGGAUUGGCUUAUCUGGCGGACCAGAAAUACGUGCAUAGAGAUCUUGCAUGCCGAAAUUGCCUUGUAAAUGCGCAACGGGUAGUUAAAAUAGGCGACUUUGGUAUGGCUCGUCCUACCUUUGAAACAGACUAUUAUCGCUUCAACCGAAAAGGAAUGUUACCUGUACGUUGGAUGGCACCCGAAGCACUGGCGCUGGGACGCUUUACGCCCGCUUCUGAUAUAUGGUCAUUUGGAGUUGUGCUAUUUGAGAUAAUUUCCUUUGGUUCAUAUCCCUACCAAGGGCUUACUAACAGCCAAGUACUCGAAUUUGUCAAAAAAGGAAACACAUUAGAAAUACCAAUAGGUAUCAAGCCACCAUUAGUGGGACUUAUAAAUGCUUGUUGGAGUCAAGAAGCUUCUAAGCGCCCGACAGCUUUAGAGGUAAUUGACUUCAUUUUAAACUAUCCAAGACUGCUGACACCCUCAUUGGACUUCCCUGGUGCUGCCGUCGAAUUUCCGGAGAAAGAUGUCGAUCAGUUACAGCUACUGCCACAACUACAAAUAAAUUCACCCCUCAAUUCUGCCACUACACUCGGGAUACAAAAGCAUACGCUUUUUUGCGACCAACACUCAUCGGAGCUAAGCACCAAGAGUGAAUCCUGUCCCACCGCCUCACAUCAAAGCAGCCCAUGUACAUGUUCGCCCAUUGCCCCAGAUGGAUAUAGUAUUAAGUGCCCUCUUCUAAUCAAUCAGACCUGCGACAGCUCUGGGUCGUAA